AUGGCAAAAGCAACAAUUAAAGAAGCCCUAGUCAGAUGGGAAGAAAAAUCAGGUCAGAAGCCAUCAGAAGCCAAAGAAGCAAAACUUUAUGCUCAGAUUCCCCCAGUAGAGAAGAUGGAUGCAUCCUUGUCCAUGCUUGUUAAUUGCAAGAAGCUUUCAUUGUCUACAAACUGCUUUGAAAAAAUUGCCAAUCUGAAUGACUUAAGAAACUUGGGGAUCUUGUCACUGGGAAGGAAUAACAUGAAGACCUUAAAUGGAUUGGAGGCUAUUGGGGACACGUUAGAGGAGCUGUGGAUAUAUUAUAAUUACAUUGAAAAGCUGAAAGGGAUCCAUGUUAUGAAACGACUGAUGAUCCUCUAUAUAUCUAAUAACUAG